AUGGAGGUGAUGGACAGUUGCCAGUUUUCGCCAUCCGAGUUCUUCUAUGACAGCUCCUGCAUCUCUUCCCCGGAAGGCGAGCUCGGGGAUGAUUUCGAACACGGGCUGGCUGCCUUCGGAGCCCACCAAACAGACGGCCCGUGGUCCGACGAAGAGGAGCAUGUCAGAGCCCCCACUGGGCAUCAUCAAGCCGGCCACUGCCUCAUGUGGGCUUGCAAAGCCUGCAAGAGAAAGUCCACUACCAUGGACCGGAGGAAGGCAGCCACCAUGCGCGAGAGGAGGCGACUGAAGAAAGUGAACCAGGCUUUCGACACGCUGAAGAGGUGCACCACUGCCAACCCCAACCAACGGCUCCCCAAAGUGGAGAUCCUGAGAAACGCCAUCAGGUACAUCGAAAGCCUGCAGGAGGUCUUGAGAGAGCAGGUAGAGAACUACUACAGCCUGCCAGGACAGAGCUGCUCUGAACCCACCAGCCCAACUUCCAGCUGCUCCGACGGGAUGGCCGAAUGCAACAGCCCUGCCUGGUCCCGGCGGAACAGCAGGUUUGACACUGUCUAUUGCCCGGACCCACACAGCGUGUUUAUCUAUUAUACUUUCGCCUUACUCUGUUCCACAGACAAAAGCACUACACUGUCCAGCUUGGACUGUUUAUCCAGUAUUGUGGAUCGCAUCUCUUCCACCUCCGAGCAAGCUGCGCUGCAGCUUCGGGACACCGCCUCCCUCCCUGCAAACGCCAGCCUCGAUUCCCACCCAGGCACCCCUAGGACCCCUCCUCAUUCCAGGCUCAUCUAUCACGUAUUAUGA